AUGAACAUGUUAACGCACUUUGGUCCCGACUCGGGUGGACGAGUUAAGGGACUAACUAUAGUUAAACCAGUCGUUUACGGGAAUGUGGCACGUUCGUUUGGUAAGAAGCGGGAAGAAGAUGGCCACACUCAUCAGUGGACGGUGUAUGUAAAGCCGUACAAAAACGAAGACAUGCAGUCGUACGUGAAAAAGAUACAUUUUAAGCUGCACGAAAGUUAUGCGAACCCGAAUCGAAUCAUCACGAAACCACCGUACGAAGUAACCGAAACGGGCUGGGGUGAAUUCGAAAUAGUGAUCAAAAUCCAUUUCCACGAUCCCACGGAACGGCCGGUUACGAUGUAUCAUAUACUGAAGCUCUUCCAGUCUCCCAUUCUGGAUGGAGAGGUAUCCUCGCAGAUCGAAGGUAAGAAGGGUUUGGUGUCGGAGCAGUACGAAGAGCUGGUCUUCCAAGAACCAACACAACUGAUGCAGCAACAGCUGACGAACGUAAAACCGGUAACGGCUGGCAUCUGGAAACAUGAUACGGAUUUUGAGGAGAAAAAGGUGCAAGCACUGGAAAAUAUAAUCGAAACUAAGGCGAAGGUAAUAUCGGAAAUUGCACUACUGAAGGAGAAGCUUAAACUUGCGAGGGAAACGAUAGCCAAAUUUAAAACCGAAAUGACCAAGGUGCAAGGACAGCAACCUGCCGCGUGA